AUGUCAGGUGGGCACGUAGUAGCAGCUGAGUCGACGACGACGACGACGACGACGGAGAAGAAAGGCGGCGUCAUCAUGCGGGUGCACGUCGCGGUGGUGUGCUCUGCAGUGGGCUUCCUCGGCUUCGUCAUCCUCAUCCUCGGAGUCGCCGGGGAGGCCGCCACGGCGCAGGCCUACGUCCGGGGGCCUGAUGAUGGCAGCGACGUAAACUGUCAGUACCGCAGCACGCCGGCGCUGGCCUGUGGCAUCGUCGCGGCGCUGCUGGCGAUCACGGCUCAGGUCGUGGUCACCGCAACCAGCCUCUGCUGCGGGUGCUGCCGGACAUGGGAGGUACCAACGGAGACAAGGCGCAUCGUCGGCAUCGUCCUCUCCGCCGUCUCAUGGAUAACUGUGCUUCUAGUGAUGGCACUGUUUAUCGCGGGCGCUGCGCUUAACGCGGACCAAGAGAGACAACCCGACGCCGACGGCAAUUGCUCCCGUGCCCCAGGUAGCUCACUGUUCGCGGCAGCGACAGUCCUGGCUGUCGCCGCCACAGGCAUGCAGGUCGCGUCCUACAUCCUGCUCCAGGUGACGACGACGCCCACAAGCUCCACCAAGCCCCUGAUGGCAACGCAGCAGCCGGAGUUGGCCAUGGGGCAGCCGGUGGUGGAGCCGAAACCGCAGCAAACUGCAGAGGAGGUGGCUGCGGUCGCAGUCAUUGCCCAGGAGCCGCCGCCGCCUUCGGCUCCUGUACCGUUUCAAGCAACAGAACCUGCAUCCCAAGUUUGA